AUGAAGCUCCUCAUUCUCACCUGCCUUGUGGCUGCCGCUCUUGCUAUGCCCAGAGUUCAUCCUAGAAAUGUAGUUUUCACUCAGACUCAGCAACAGCAGAGCAGCAGUGAGGAAGAUCAGGAAAUUGUUAAGCAGCCAAAGUAUGUCAGCCUAACUGAGGUGAUUAUGGAUGCAUCAACUGAGGAAGCUGAGAAUGCUAUUCCCAAUAUCACUGAGGAACAGCUUCAGAAACAGAUCAAGUACAAUCAACUUCACCAGCAAGUUCUCCUGGCCCAGGGACAUCCUAUGAGUGUAGUGGAUCAGCCCGUCCCACAGUUCUUGCAGUAUGCAGCCUAUCCCCUCUGGGCUUACGUCCCACAAGACAUGCAGAACCUUACUCCUGAAGCUGUUCUUAACACCUUCAAGUCCGUUGUCCCCAAGGAUGCUGAAAAAAACAAUAUGUGGUGGUACGUUCAUAAAAAUUAA